GAAGAAACCACAUACAAAAGCUACGUACGCCACCAUCUUUACAUAUUAGUAGGUCUAUUCACAAGGAGAAUUUGUCGGAGAUCACAAGAAACAUCGAUAUUGCAUACGCAUCUCUCCAUUAUAUACCCUCAGCUUCGCUUCACGAAUCCAAUUGACUCAUUAAGGAAUCUAUGCUCAUAUUCCCAGUUCGAGAUGUCUGCCCAUCACGGUGGCUGCCUUUGUGGCAACAUUCGCUACAUGUACGAUACAGAGCCGAUAAAGAAAGUUCUCUGCCACUGCAAUGAUUGCCGCAAGAUCAGUGGCAGCAGCUACAGCGUCAACUUUCUUGUCCCUGAGGCAGCAUUCCGGGUAACUGCCGGCACGCCAAAGGUGUUCAGCAAAGUCGCUGAUUCAGGCGAGACUAUUGUCAGUUACUUCUGCGGCGACUGCGGUAGUAUGAUAUGGCGCGAGUCUCCCAAUUCUGGCCCUAACAAAGUGCUGAAGGCUGGGACAUUGGAUGACAGCGACGGGAUUCUUUCGACUGCGGUAAUCGAUGCAGAGAUUUUUACGCGCUCCAGAUUAGAGUGGGUGCAGCCUAUAGCUGGCGCAAGUCAGAGGACCGCAUAGUGAGCGGUCUCUCGGAGUGAUCAUAUCACAAUAGCGUCAACGGUUGCACACACGUCUUUAUGGAUAGCCUGUGAUGGAAUAGACAGAGGGAAAGGAAAGGGGGACGAAAAGAAAGACGAAGAAAAAUAUGGCGUUUACAGUAACCAACGUCGUGUCGUGCGCUGUGGAUCAUGCUGCACAUAUACUGAAUAACUCCAAAGCUUACGCCACAGCACGAUGCAUUCUUUGUCGUUAAUUUUUCUGGUGCAUUGUUAUAGCUAGAUCAUUACAAAAUGGUGUAUAUACAGGUACAGAAUCGAUUAGUGCCUAUUAAUCAUGUCCGUACCGCACGUUGAUAUAGGUUACAUGGCACUUGCUAAGCAUAUAGGACAAGUUAGUGUAGAUAAGUAGGUAUAUAAGUUAGCCAAGCUGAGCAUACUCCUCCUCGGUUAUGCUAUAUACAAGUCUCCACACUGUACUCCG